GCAUAAUUGUCAUUCAUUAAAAAUGAACAACACACAAAUCCGGCUAUUACACAAAAGCUGAAUUGUUUUAAUGAUAUUGAACAAAUGUGUAAUAUGUUGAAAAUGAAAAUAUACAACUAUUGAAGCUACUUACAUGUGAAUGAUAUUAUCCCACUAAGGAAAAUUAUUUAUAUAUGUAAAUAUAUACGUACCUAACUAUACGUAUACAUAGAGAGCGCGAGAGGCAGAAAGUUGAAAAAUAUUUGAGUAUGUUCAACACUUAUCGAAUUUAAUAUGCAUUUAGUUAUUGUUUUAAUGAUUACAUUGUAUUCAAUUCACUGUACAAAAAGUUCUUUAUCUAUACAACGAAUUAUAUCAUCACCAGAAGAUCAUUUAAUUGAAUAUAUUUAUAAUAAUUCACUGAAUUAUAGUUGUAAUUUUAAUGAUUUUCAUUAUUGUUCAUUUGAACAUUCAAUGGAUUGGAGUUUUCAGUUAAGUUUAACAGAAUUCGCUGUACAAAUGAAGUUAGCUGCUGAAAGAGCAGCUAAAAUUGUUCAAAAUUUUCAUAAUAAAGAGGCAACAAGUAAUAAUAAUAAUAAUCAUAGUGAUAAUAAUUACAACAAUAAUAUUAAAUCAAUAAGUGAUUCAGUAAAUCAGGUGAGUAAAAUGACUACAACUCUUGUUUUGUUUAUUUUAUUGUCAUUUUUAAAGUUAUAUGCAGUGCUAUAA